AUGGCGGCUGCAAAAUUCUCGCCUGAGGACUCGGCUUUGGUUUCUUCGCUGAUCGCGCUCUCGGGGCGGUCUCCAAAGCUCGUGAAAUGGUCGGACUACCCAGCACCCGCGGACCCCAGCAUCACGGUGAGGAGCUGGAAGAUGAAUGAGUUCAAGUACUACGACGUUCCGAGCCCGUUUCCGACACUUGCAAGGGGGCUGUACAGCCAGAAGUUGGGGAGUGGGGACGGGGGCGAGCAACGACAUCGGAUUGUUGCCCGAGGAUACGAUAAAUUCUUCAACAUCGGUGAAGUUCCUUGGACAACGUGGCCAUCGCUUGAAGCACAUACGGUCGCGCCGUACACGCUCACGCUCAAAUCGAACGGCUGCAUCAUUUUCAUCGCUGCGUUGACCCCUACGCAAGUUGUAGUCACAUCUAAGCACUCACUGGGGCCGGUGGAAGGCGUGACAUACAGCCAUGCACAAAUGGGAGAGGUUUGGUUACACAAGUAUCUUAAAGAGAAAGGCAGAACGGAGGAGGAAUUCGCUAAAGUUCUGUGGGAGAAGAAUUGGACGGCGAUCCUCGAGCUAUGCGACGACUCGUUCGAGGAACAUGUGCUCCCCUAUCCACCCCAUCUCACUGGCCUCCACCUUCACGGCUUAAAUAAAGCGUCUGCUAGUUUCGACACAGAAGAUCAGGCUGUAGUUGAUGCCUUCGCAACAGAGUGGGGAUUCAUUCGUACACACUCCAUCGUACUGCCUACCAUCACCGCCGUCCGCGAGUUCACUGCCGAGGUAGGUCAAACGGGCAAGUGGGAGGGCGAAGCAGUCGAAGGUUUCGUCGUUCGCUGUCGUGUCGGCCAACCUCCCACCGAGGGCAUGGGGAGUUCUGACAGAGACAAACUCGAACGCGUGCCCUACUCCCCCGGCUCUUCAUUCUUCUUCAAGAUCAAAUUCGACGAACCCUACUUGAUGUAUCGCGACUGGAGGGAAAUCACAAAGAUGAUGAUCACUACCUUGACGAAAGCCACGAAGAACAAUACGGGGAUUAGCUUCAAGUCCCCGACGAAGGACAUUCUGGCGAAGCUGCCAAAGACGAAGAUGAAGAGGCCAGAGACUCAGAGGUAUGCUGCGUGGGUAUGCCAGGAGUUGAAGCAGGAGUUGAAGGAGAACGACGGGAAACUUGGGCCUAAGUUUGGGACAUACACCAAGGGGAAGGGGAUCAUUGCGACGAGGGAAAGGUUUCUGGCUAUCCUUGAGGCGAAUGGCGGUACACUGGAGACGGUCGAUGGUACCAGCUCGGGCGAGCAGGUUGAGGGCCCAAAAACAUUUGGCAAGACUAUUAUAGUACCUAUUGCUAUCCCCGGUUGCGGUAAAACCGCUGUCUCUGUCGCAUUGGCGCAUAUUUUCGGUUUCGGGCACACACAGUCAGACGAUAUCACAGUGAAGAAGGCAGCACCCGCAUUCGUAAGAAGCGUCAAAACCCUCCUCGAGACGCACAAUAUUGUUAUUGCCGAUAAGAACAAUCACCUUAGUCAACACCGUACAGCCCUCCGGGAUGCCACGAAGUCAUUCUCCCCUCCAGUCCGAUUGCUCGUUCUAAAUUGGAAUCAUGUACUCUUCCCUACACCAACUUCUUCCAAUCCCAACCCACUGUCCUGGCCAGCAAUUCACCGCCUUGCGUCCGAACGCAUCGUUAGCCGGGGCACGAACCACCAGUCCCUUCUCGCAGACGACACUCCCUCUCGGGGACACGAGGGUGUAGUCUGGAAGUUCAUGAAGGAGGCCGAGGAUCUCACGGAGGGCGAAUACGACGUCGUCGUGGAUAUGGACCUCCAGGAAAGCUUGGAGGAGUCGGUUGAGAGGGCCGUUAACGCUCUGUGUAAAGAACUCGCUUUGGAGCCACCGAGCAAGGUGCUCGUAAUGGAAGGUGUGGCCAAGGCGAAGGGGUACGUUCCAACGAAGAAGGCCGAUGAGGGGAAAGAGAAAAAGAAGAAAGAUGUCCGGUAUUUUGCUGUCUUUCCCGAAAUGGAUCUGUCCUCCGUGAUAGACAAACACCUGGAGGGCGAAUCGACGAACAAAUUCUGGGAGGGGUUGAAGGCGAAGGAGAGAGUGACCAAACGGCCCCACGUUACGAUAACCCACAACCGGUCUCUGCCAGCCGAACAGGACAUAUGGGACGCCUGCAAAAAGGUCGAUGGUUUGGGAGUUCAAGACACACCUCUCUUCUGGGUCCGAUUCAGCGACUUGCUCUGGGACGGGCGUGUCAUGGCGCUUGUGGUGGACGACUUUGGUGUGCACGAAGGCGGUGCGGAGCAGGCGAAGAAUUUCCGUGAACAUCUGCCGGAUGAGAUUCGGACGCGGCUUCAUGUUACUGUUGGGACUCUCAGUGACGAGGUGCCCCCCGUGGAGGGGAUGGAGUUGGUGAAGGCAUGGCGGCGGGGAGAUGCAAAGAGUGCUGGACCCGGGAACGGUGCUAUCCAGCGGCUGAGCUUGGUGGAUGGAAGAGGCGGGGGUCAAGGUUUGGUCGUGGUGGGCAGGCUUCGUGGCGCAUUCAACUAG